ACCUAUAUCUCUAUGGUCCGGACCCUGAGACUGGCAUUUAAACAUAGAUCAUGGCCCGAAUUAUUAAGUUUUUUAAAAUUAUAAGAAAUAAUUGGAAAAAAUCCACCUUCGCUCUAGCAGCCAUAUCGUAUGGUGGGUCUUAUGGCAUAGAGUCUUAUAACAAGGAGCAGUUGAUGCGAAGGUAUUGCGAGGAUGCGGUCAGAUAUGGAGAUAUGCCACUGCCGACCAAUUUAAAACCGCGACAUGUUACUGUCAUUUUAAAUCCAGCAGCUAACAAAAGAAAAGCAAAGGAUUUGUUAGAAAAGUAUUGCGCACCACUGCUACACCUCGCCGGAAUAGCUGUAACGAUCAUUCAAACUGAGUCUGAGGGCCAAGCACGGAAUAUAGUUGAGCAAUUGAAUUCUCGAACAGAUGCCAUAGUUGUAGCAGGUGGCGAUGGGUCAUUGUCAGAUGUUGUCACUGGGGUGAUGCGAAGGUGCAACACUAAUGUCGAGAUAGUCAAGCAAUGCCCAAUUGGCAUUUUACCUCUCGGGCAGACCAACAAUGUCGCAAAAUCACUGUUUAAUGGGUACACAGAUUUGCCACAGAUACACGCUAUGGCUGAAGCUACAAUGGCUGUUGUCAGAGGCACUACUAAAUUAGUUGACACUAUCCAAAUUGAGCCUCUUGAGCAAGAUCCUGAGAAUUUUAUUAAACCAGUUUACGCAGUGGGCACUGUGGAAUGGGGAGCAUGGCGAGACGCACGUGCUAAAGCCAACAAAUACUGGUACUGGGGAUCACUUCGUAGAUAUGCAACUUACGUAUUCAAUGGUUACAAAAAUGAUCUAACUUGGGAUUGUAGCGCUGAUUUACGAUACUCAGAACCAUGCAAUGGAUGCUCUCGUUGUCGCCACGACAGGCAGAAUAGUCAUUCAUCCUCCAGUGAUAGACGUUGGUGGCAUUCAUUCGUUCCAAGGAGGAGUCCAUCUAUUGAAAUUGAUUAUAGUAAGGUACUGAAUGAAAAAUGUGGAUCUCUUCACGAAAUUCCAAUAGUCACAACCGAGUUGAAAAUGAUUACCAGUAAUGUGGAGCCUUCAGCCACUCCUAGUGUGCCAGCUAUUAAAGUGCAUUUGGGUCCAGAAAAAGUGAGCUACUUAGACUUUGUUAAGGAAGGAUGGAAGCGAGCAGAUGGUCACAAAACUGUGAACAAACAGACCAUAGAGGCAAAGGAUAUUGAAUUACGACCUCAUGACACCGUUUUAAAACCAGGACAAAACAAAAUGUUUUCGAUAGACAAUGAAGAAUUUGAUUUGAAGCCAAUCAAAGUUAAGUUACUACCAAAAAGUGUAACAAUGUUUUGUGCACAGCCUAUGAAUAGUGCAGUAAGCUAGUAUAAAUAAAGAGCAAACAGUAA